AGCCGCUGGGAAACUUAGAGACAAAGACAGAGAGCUGUGAGAAGAGACAUGAUAAAUGCCUUGAAUGCCUUUGGCCUGGCCAUUGGCUGGAUGGACAUACUGGGCGUGCUGGUCUUUGAGCUGAUGAUCUUCUACUUGCUGCGUAGUCGCUCCCACCAAAGUGAGCUCAAUGAUGUCGAGCAGCCAACAGCUGAAGGCAACGCCAAGCCAACUCUGAGAGGUCUAUUGGGUCACAGAUACCUGAAGGAGUCCACGAAGACUUGGAUAUUCUGGGCAUAUUUGUUUCUGUUGAAUGUGUGGAUUGUGGUUACCUUGCUCAUGAUCGCAGGCAUCACAUGGCACAAACCAGAGCUGAUGCUAUGCUGGCUAAUCUGGUGCCUUGCUGGCUUACUCUUGGAUCUUUUCUUUGUGCUUUGGUGGCUCUUCGAGCUGUGUGCGGGCGAUGCCAUUGAGGCGCUGACCAACAUCAUCAUUUCCAUGCUGACAAUGGUUAUAGAAUUUGGCUUUAUUUAUGUGAUUUAUACGAUCUAUGCCAACAUGUCGAACUCUGAAGACGAGGCGGAUGCGCAUUCGGAUCUGUUUGCUAUCGUGAAAAGUGCGCUGGAUCCGAGGCAGUGGAUGGCCAUAUUUAUUCCUUAGCAGCCACUUCCAGCA